AUGUCUCUUCGGCAACUCGCAGCGGGCACAGGACAAGAUGGGACAGGAACCCCAGCGAUAGAUAUCAUUGCGGUGCACGGUUUGAAUCCCCUUGGUUCUUCCGAUCACGCAUUCAACACUUGGAGAAAGCCCCUCGAAGAGAAAGGAUGCCUCUGGCUUCGCGAUUGCUUCGCAAAGGCUCAACCGAAUGCGCGAAUCUAUCUAUACGAAUACAACUCCAUCCCCGUUUUUGGUUCGGCCAAGGACAGCUUUGUUGGUGAGGCCAAUCAACUCUUGGAUGAGAUAUAUGGUGAGCGCUGGCAAAUGAAAAAAGACAUCCCAAUUAUCCUGGUUGGACAUAGCCUGGGCGGAAUCCUGAUCAAACAGGCUUUGGUGAAUGCCUGGGCCAACGAGAAGUACAGAGGAAUCAAGGAGGCAACACACGCCUUAGUGUUCUUUGGAACUCCGCAUUCUGGCCCAGCGAGGAAUGUGCAGAUUGGACUCGGCAUGGCUUGUGCAAGAAUAGCGCGGUCUUUGCCAUUUGUCUCCUCUUCGAAGAUCAUCGAGAUACUCGAGGGAGAAACAUUAUUUUCUGAUCUGUUGAGCGAAUCAUUUCGCCACCAGUUGAACCAGUACAAGAUCCUGUCAUGCUAUGAGGGUGUCGGUGAUGUCGUGCCAUUCAGUUCGGCAGUCCUUGGGCUUCCAGGCAACUGUGAGACUCAGCUGCGUAUCAACGCUGAUCACAGCAAUAUGUGUCGCUUUGAUAUGCGUAUCCAAGCCGAUGUGGAUAACUAUCGCAAAGUGGAACGCAACUUGCAAAUGCUCUGUGCUGACGCCUUGGUGGAUUUACCAAAUGAGAUCAAUGAGACAGAUGUAUACAUCCGCAAUGUGACGCAAGGAGGACUUGAUCUAUCAAGCCUCCUUAUGCAGCAUCCGAAACCAUUGGAUGCUGGCACUCAUGGGCGAUAUACCCUAAAUCUCCUGGAUGCCCCUGAGCUCGCAUGGCAAGUCUACCGCUUAUGUGAACGCUCAUCAUCAGCUGCUAUCGCUGAGGCAGCAUCGGAUGUUUCCAGCAUGUACUUGGGUCUUCGCAUCCUUAGAGACAGGCUAGAGACGGACACAUACUCAUCCAGCAACGCCGACGAGAUUCAAACUCUUCUCCAGGACUGUUGCCGAACGCUCGAAAACUUUCAAUCCACCUUGGAUGUAUACCAGAGUAUGCCUCAGAAUAGUCGAGCUCAAUGGGACAAUGUCAGGUCCUAUGAAGAGUUCUAUGGUCUCAAAGAGCUCAGAUCCAACAUCCAGUCUAACAUUUCAAGGCUUACGUUGUUGAACAAGAAGAUUGCCAGCCGGUCUAUGAAUGAUUUAGCACAGAAGCUGGAAGACCUUAUAGGCCUAAUGAACGGUGGCGAUGACAACCUUUCAGUCCUGUCAUCUCAUCUCUCGAGCCGUUCAAUAUCCGGUAGCGAUGACUGGCAGGUGAUACAUUCGGAGUUGGUCAGCGCGGGAUUUCCGCCAGACAUAAUUUCGGAGCAACGCGAAUACAUCCAAAAAUGGCUGAUAAAUGCCGCCAUGGCGGGAAGGAUUGACUUGGAAUCCCAAGAGGAACCACGCCAGAGAUCCAGAAUAAACCACCCAGCCGACGCACCUCAGGUAGACGACGGAGCCGAGUCUAUCCCAACCACGGAACUAGGAGCGUCCAAUCUUGCUUCUAGCAAUGACAGUAUACGUACCACUCGGCAUAAUUCUGUGUAUGCGCAGGAUAUGCAAGUACUGCCCACAACAGCUAGGUCCAAGAAAACUUCGACGAAAUGGACAAGGUCUUUGGCAGCGAAGCUCAAAUACGCUACCCUGGAUCCGUCACGUGCCCUUACUGCAGCUGUUUGGAGCGGGGAUGCCAGCUCGGUGAAAAGUAUUCUGAGUUCGAGCAGCAAAAUCGACAAGUCAGCGAGUUAUUGGUCCAGCAUUUUGGUUCUCUGCCUCAAUGGAAGUAAUACUGAAAUGUUUAGAGAUCUGAUGCAGUGUGGUGGAGCCCUGGAAUUGGAAAACGAUCUUGGGGAGUGUGUUUCGCAUGCCAUCAACCACAAGCAGGCAGAAGAAAUAGGCAUUCUAAUUACGAAAGGAGUGCGAUUUGACGAACCUCAAACUGUGAAAGCCAUGGCUCUUGUCACGCAAAACUUCAUUGAAAUGAUCUUUACGAAGUGGGGAGAUACGUGGGACCAUGAAGGUUAUGCCCAUCAUUUCCUCUUCAACACAGCAAAGUAUGGCUACGAGAAUAUCUUUCAAUCACUCGUCGCUCGGUAUGGAGGCAUCAACGCUCCUGUUAACGAAACGACAGCAUUCCAUCUCGCAUGCCGUUCAGGGAACACAAAAAGCAUACAGCUCGCCUUGGAGCUAGGCGCAAACGUCAAUACGAUGGAUGACCGAGGGGACAAUCCGCUACACGCAUUGAUACUCGGAGGCGAGAACAAGCUUUAUGACAUCGGUACAAAUAUAAGGCUCUUGAUCAAGAAUGGUGCGGCGCUUCAUGGCAAGUCCAGAACUGGACAAACAGCACUCCAUUUAGCAGCGAAAUGUGCACAUACGAAGGCUAUUGAAGUGCUGGUACAGAUGGGUCUCGAUAUCGAUCUCCGGAAUGCGGAUGGGAAUACUCCACUCCAUCUAGCAUGCAAUCCUGAAUGGGUGACUCGCAGCGUUGAACGGUUUCUUCCCAGAGCCUUGAAACGGAAAAGUUCCGAACGCACUAUGAUUAGAUUCACUUGGGAAGAAACGAAGCUGGAGGAUCCGAGAGACGAGACCUACCACCGUGGCCAAGGAGAAGGCGCCCUACGGUUGAUAUUGGGUUAUGGGGCAUCCGUGAACGUCAGAGGGAGAGAGAAUGUCAGCCCUCUGCAUCUUGCGGCAGAGAGUUCAGAUGCCGGGAGAAUCAAAGCGUUACUUGAAUAUGGAGCUGACCCCCUUGCUAUUGAUGACUACGGAUGGACGACAUUGCAUUUUGCGGUUAUCAGCAAAUCGCAAGAUUCAAUAGAUCUUUUGCAGCCGUACCGCAUCGACCCGUACAAGAAAGUGUUGGUCAGCAUCAUUGGUACCCACGAGGAUAAGAUGGACGUCUUCGACCUCAUGAGGGUAGUCAAUAAGCACCCCAGGAGGAGAGCCGUGCACUUGGAUCAGGACGAUGACAGGAAAACAGAUUCGGCCCGCUGA